AUGCAGACGCCUCCCCAGUUCCCCACACCCGGCUUCAACCACCAGUCUCCGCCUCCCUAUCAGGCGCAUCAAGCGCCCCCACCGUCCGGGUUCCGCAUCCCGCUCAGCACCCAAUCUGAGCUACCAGCUCUGCAGCAGCUCGGUCCACCGGUUUGCUACGACGCGGACGGUCGCUCGCCCAUCUUUAUCGGCUCCGCGAUCUUCCCCAACUCUGUGCACCCCUGCAAGAUCGGCCCGCACCUGGCGCCGCCAUGCCGCGUGCCUUACGGUGGUGGCGAGCACGAGCACAACGGGCGGUAUGACCUCCUGCCCUUCGAUCCCAAUACGAUGGAGUGGGUCCCCACUUCGCAGGGGCGAGUUCCUCCCGGCCGGCGUCCCGUCGAGGGCGGGUAUGAGCAGGGCGGAGGAAAGCUUUACCAUGCCUUGGCCGUGAUACAGGGCGCCAGGGUCCCAGGCAAGACCGGCGAGCACCUCGGUGGAUGCAACAUUGCGUUUGGUGGCGGCGAACACGUCAUCCACGAGAAUUACGAGAUCUUGUGA